AGGUAAUUCACUGCGCUCGAUUCGCCCCCAUUUUCGCCUGAGCGAACGGUUCGGGUAAGCUGACAGUAUUUGAUUAUGGAAUAGUUGGAGCAGGGAAAUUAUGACGGAGUGAAUAUGAGGGGGCCAGCUAUCGAUCCCACCCUCAGCCUCUGACGUCAUCUGGGGGGGACUGAAUGCGCAGGAAUCACACAUAUAAAAACAUUCGUGCUGCAUCGAAGUGCGAUGAGUACUUCUAGCAUCUCAUAUAUAAAAACAUACUCAGUUCUCUCGAUUGAUACUUGGAGUCAUUGACCCCAAUUUUUACUGUCUUCCAUAUCUGUUACAUCAGAAGCAUAAGUGGAACGAACGACAUGUCCCUCCCACCCCUCCCGCAACCCGGUGUCCCUCUCAUCAAUGGUUUCAUCGCCAGAAAACCAGAGACCUUCUUCAUGCAAGAGGAGAAGAUCUUGACUUUCAAAGAUGACUUUCUUGUGUCCUUCGCCUCGGGGCAAGAGUUCCUAAAGGUAUCUCGUCUCAACCGAAAAGAGAUUUCUUUUCGCACAAUAAAAGGGCAGGAAGUCAUGAGAAUCAUGAAACAGAAGCAUAGUUUCAGUGGAAGAGGAAGCGAGUAUCGCGGGGUACGACCAGAUGGCACAGAGGCUUUUUACCUAAAGCUAGAACGCGGGCUUAUAAGGACCGGAUAUGAUCUCACCGCCUAUCCAAGCCCAAAUCAAAGAUUGCCCAUGCCGAUUGAGAAGGGUGUCAUGGGGAAGUCUGCUGCUGUCAUGUUGAACGGACAGCCCGCCGUUACGUUCAAAGAUGGAAGCGAUUGGAAACAUGCGCGAAGUCAAUGUCACAUCGACGUGGCUCCUGGCAUGGAUAUUAUUCUUGCUAUUGCUGUUAAUUGGAUUCGGUAUGAUAAGAAGGUGGAGGAUCGGAAAGCCGUGGCAGCGGCUACUUGA